CUCUUUCCACCUCUCCAUCUUUCUCUCUCUCUUUCCACCUCGCCAUCUCUCUCUCUCUUUUUCCACCUAUCCAUCUCGUGGUCAGACAACAUGGCGCCGGCCGUACCAGGGCGACGACUACACCGAGAUCACGUUCUACCCAGACCUGAAGAAGUUCGGCAUGGAGAUGCUCGAUGCCGAUACGGUGGCGCUGUUCUCGCGGCGAGCGUACAACAUCGCCGCGGCGACGCCCGGCGUCAAGGUCAUGCUCAACAGAAAUCGAUUACCGGUUAAAAACUUUCAAGACUAUGUCCUUCUGUACACGAAAGGCCGUGCGUCGGAGGACGGCACUGAUCUGAAGGUCUGUAACGAGCGCGUGAACGAUCGCUGGGAGGUUGCCGUGGCAUUGAGUGAGAAGGGGUUCCAGCAGGUCAGCUUCGGCAACAGCAUUCCGACGACAAAGGCACGUAGACAUGUCGACUAUGUAGGUGAUCAGCUAGUCAGCAAGCUGAUGGUGGUCGUGAAGAAAAAGAACAAAGGAGGGGUCAACGUGAAGCCCUUCCAAGUGAAGAGCCAUAUGUGGCUGUUUGUGAACUGCCUGCUCGAGAAUCCAGCAUGUGACUCGCAGACAUAGGAGAACAUGACCUUGCAGGCAAAAUCGUUUGGCUCUAAGUGCCAGCUCUCUGGCAAGUUUGUCAACCAGGUGCUGAAGAUAGGCAUCCUCAAGGGUUUCAUCGUGGGUGACUCCCCUUCCCACCGAGGUUCUUCGGUAGGUCCGGACCUGAAGCGGUAUAACUCCCAGUAUAAAAGGCUCCUCUUCCUCGACCUCCUGCAAGGAUGGCAUGACAAAGGUCCUGUGCACCGCAUCUCUCCGAGGCAUCCAUUCGGGU